CAGCGGCGGCGGCGGCGGCAGCGGUGCCGGAGGCGCAGAGGGCGGCGCAGGCGGAGCCGAGCGGGCGCGCGAGCGAGCGGCCGUGCGGGCGGCGGCGGCGGCACCCCAGGCCGAGCCGGCGCGGGAGGAGUUCCAGGGCGAUGGGGCCGCGGCCGGGGCUGACGCUUUGACAGCUGGAAAGAGCGCGGAGCCAGCGCCUGGGGGGGAGGGAGGGGAGCGCGGCGAGGAGAGCGCGAGCGAGCGAGCGAGCGAGCGCCGGGGAGGGGGCCGGGAGCGAGGGGCAGCUCGGGAGAGCCGGAGCGGUAGCGGCGGCGGUGAGGCUCGGCGCCCUCUUCCCUGCAAACCAUGUUUGCCAAAGGCAAAGGCUCGGCGGUGCCCUCGGACGGGCAGGCUCGGGAAAAGUUAGCUUUAUACGUCUAUGAAUAUUUACUGCACGUAGGAGCACAGAAAUCUGCACAGACCUUCCUAUCGGAGAUUCGAUGGGAAAAAAACAUCACGUUGGGAGAACCGCCUGGGUUUUUGCACUCGUGGUGGUGCGUAUUUUGGGACCUUUACUGUGCAGCUCCUGAAAGGAGAGACACUUGUGAACAUUCAAGUGAAGCAAAAGCCUUUCAUGAUUACAGUGCAGCAGCGGCCCCGAGCCCCGUGCUUGGCAACAUUCCCCCCAACGAUGGGAUGCCGGGAGGCCCCAUCCCUCCGGGUUUCUUUCAGGGUCCUCCGGGGUCACAGCCCUCGCCGCACGCACAGCCUCCACCUCACAAUCCCAGCAGCAUGAUGGGACCCCACAGUCAGCCUUUUAUGUCACCGCGAUACGCAGGCGGCCCCAGGCCCCCGAUCAGAAUGGGAAACCAGCCUCCGGGAGGAGUUCCUGGGACGCAGCCAUUGCUGCCCAAUUCCAUGGACCCCACACGACAACAAGGCCACCCCAACAUGGGAGGAUCCAUGCAGAGAAUGAACCCUCCCCGAGGCAUGGGGCCCAUGGGUCCUGGCCCGCAGACUGACCCUUGGUUAUCGUUGCAGAAUUACGGCAGCGGCAUGAGACCACCACCCAACUCCCUCGGCCCCGCCAUGCCCGGGAUUAACAUGGGCCCGGGAGCUGGCAGACCCUGGCCCAAUCCUAACAGUGCUAACUCAAUUCCAUAUUCCUCCUCAUCACCCGGUACCUAUGUGGGACCCCCUGGUGGUGGUGGGCCCCCAGGAACACCCAUCAUGCCCAGUCCUGCAGAUUCAACAAAUUCCAGUGACAACAUCUACACAAUGAUUAAUCCGGUGCCGCCUGGAGGCAGCCGGUCCAACUUCCCGAUGGGUCCUGGCUCGGACGGCCCGAUGGGCGGCAUGGGCGGCAUGGAGCCACACCACAUGAACGGAUCCUUAGGGUCGGGCGACAUAGAUGGACUUCCAAAAAAUUCUCCUAACAACAUAAGUGGCAUUAGCAAUCCUCCAGGCACCCCUCGGGAUGACGGCGAGCUAGGAGGGAACUUCCUCCACUCCUUCCAGAAUGACAAUUAUUCUCCAAGCAUGACGAUGAGUGUGUGACCCCCCUUCUCCGAGACGAUGAGAAAGCCGGCAUUGCAGGUGGGAAGAUGCCAGAAAUUAUGCAAGAAGAAGUGAGGUGUCAUUAUCCAGGAGCUGGGGGGAGGGCGUCUCCUGCUCCCCCUCCACCCACCCCCCUCUGCACCCACCUUUCCCACUUUAGUUUCAUGCAAUAAAAAGGCCGAACUUUUUAUUCCAUAAAACAUGAAGGACAAAACUCAAAAUAAAAAUUUAUUUCAAGUCAAUGACCAGAAAAAUCCCACCCCUUGCCCUUUCCCAAAAGGACCUUUUCUGUACAUGACACUUUUUUGUUGUUUUUUGUUUGGGGUUUUACCGUUGUUGGGAUUUUUUUAUUUGUUUUCAGGGGAGUGUUUUUUGGGGAAAAAUUUUUAAAAAUGGAAGCUUCUAGCAAGCCCCCCACCCCACCCCAAUCAACCUCUAUGCUUUCUUCUUUAAAAAAAAAAAAAGGCAAAAAAAAAAUGCAGAAGCCCUGCUAUCUGUCUGUCCCCAAGCCCUUCCACCAGGAAAGCUAGUCUAGGUGUGAGAUCUCACACUGUCUUUGUAGCCAUCUAAAAAUAAUAAUAAUAAACUGGACAGUUUACAAUCAGUGGUUUCUUUCAAAAAGCCUUUUUUGGAAAGAAGAAAAGGAAGUCAGCCUGUUCAGCUUGGGGUUCUGGUUUGUGCGAUGGCACCGGGGUGGCGGAGCCUGCUUGCUUCCGCCUGGCUUCCGUGGCGACGGCAGCGGCACACUUGGACCCCAGCACACACCCACCCUCGCCACGUGGCCGGAGGGGCCGGACCACCCACCCCUCCCGGACGCCACGGCCCAGACCUGCGCUGUGACCAGGUGGCUGCGCUGGCCCAGGACGGCUUCCUCCUCUCCCUCCCAGACGCUCCUGUCCCGGCCCCCCUCCGCCCCCACCCCAGUCUUCCCAGCGAGAAUCCUGCCAGCUGGGCGGUGGCCUGGAGCAGAGCAGGAGAGGCCGCCACCGACAGGAUGGCUAUGACCUGGGACCUGGAAGCCGUGACCGCCACGUUCGGGUCCCGUGAUCCUCGCAUCGCCGCCGUCGUGGGCGCGGGCAGGGUGGGCUGGAGUUUUGGUUUUCUUUGUUUUUUUCUCUUUACUCGUCCUCCCUUUUCCAAGAUGGGAUAUUGACCAGGAUUGCUCUGUACGUGCUUGGAACUGGACGCAAAGACUGGAGUGGCUGUGGGGGGUGGGGGGAUGCCAGCAAUCAGACAGACGUGCUGUUUCCCGUCCUGUUUUUAUUUUCAAAAACCGACAACCCGACGGUGGAGCGUGUGCCCUCCCAGGAGGUCGACUCGCGGCCCCCCUUGCUUCGUCGUCCCCCAUGGAAACCUGUGUCUUGCCCUGGAAGACACCGAGUUCUUUGUACAUUGACACGCCCUCCCCCUCCCCUGUAGCUGGUCUUUGUUUUAUCACCCCCCAUCCAUGUAUAUCAUAUUAUGUGAGAUAUCAUCUGCCUGAAAAAAGACCUUGUGCGGAUUAUUGGGAACAUUGUAGCUGUUUCUGUGUUUUUUCUUACCUUGUAGUCUGGUUCUGAAUUAAGAGAGGAAAAAAAAAGUAAUUAUGAUACAUUGUAGUUUGUGUACGAUAUAUGUUGAUAACGUUUUAUUAAAGGGACAUCUUUUUUCCGCA